AUGAGCACUGGAAUUAAGAGGACACGCGAGCCAGCGGCAACCCCAAACACUCCCAAGCAAAAAGAAAGGAAAGAAAAUAUGGUGGUGAUAAUAAUUAUCGAUCUAUCGAUCCGGUUUCCUUCUCCUGUUAUGACCCUCAGUUCGCGGAAACAACAGUCGAUGGUGGUAGCCGUCUUAUCCAGAAGUCUCGACAUCCUUUUCUCCCUCCAACUGUCCCUGACCACCAGCGGCGGCCUUCAUCCCUCUGCGCCAGCGCAUGCCGGUCCACGUCGCAGUGAUGGUCCACAGUGCCAGAUUGGUCACAUCGACCCACACGGCGUGCUUCAUGCGAAUGAUUCCAGCGUCCCCCUCUGGGUCUUCGCUGAUGUACAUCUUCCCGAAAAUGCCAAACAGCGUCAACCACAGGAUGCACAGGAUGCAUUCCCAGAUGAAAAGUGGCAGGUGAAGACGGGGACGGAAGACGAGAGAGGCCUUGAACAUGCACGGAGCCAGAAGGUAGAUCAGCGCUGUGAGGGCUCCCAGGCCCGCCGUCACCUCGGCGUACACCCAUUUCGGGUCGGCGUAGACAUGCUUCUUCCGCGCAUUGCUGAGAUCCACUCCAUACAGCCCGACGACAGUGAGUCCCAAUACAAACUGAAAGAAGCGCAGGAAGAGGUCGGCGAACGCUUUAGCAGGGCUGCGAGCACCACACACGGGAGGUGCCUGCAUUUCGGUGGCGUCUUGUGCUUGGUUUUCUCUGGCUUUGCGGACUUUGGCUUGGUUAACACCAAUCUUCAAGAGUCGCAAGGCGAGGAACAACAUGACAGGCUUGAAUGA